AUGACGACAAACGUAGGUCCGGACAUUGAGAGGUCAGUACUCCAGGAUGUCCAGGCUGACCGGGAGUACAAAGUGACAGUCGUAGCUGUGGGCGUGUAUGAGAACAGCUCUCCAGUGGAGAUGACUUGUGCGACUUCGACGCCCCCACCAGAGGACUUCCGGGCGACAGACGUCACAGAAACUUCCAUCACAGUCUCCUGGAAGCUGAGGACUAACUCCCUCGCUAUUGGCCACAGGGUGUGGAUAACGCGGAGUGAUACCGCUGAGAACCUGUUCACACAGUUUGUGGCCUCAGGUCAAACCUAUGUGAUAUUUGAUCACCUCAGCCCUGCUACAGAGUAUAUGAUAUCAGCCACAAGCAUCAACAGGUACAACGAAGGGCCAGAAACGAGCCUCACUGUGGCAACAAGAACAGACAGUCCAAUGGCUUUGGAUGUUGUACACAAGACAACCAACUCUGUCCUGAUCUCAUGGUUACCACCUAAAGCAGCCCUCACCGCGUACAACAUAACGUACACAAAAGAAGGGAGAGGUCUACGUACGUCCAUAAUGUUGUCAGGAGACGUGGACAACUGUGAAGUGACAGGUCUGAUUCCCGGUACUCGGUAUGACAUUGAGUUGGUGGCCGUUAGCAGGUUUGGGAGGAGCCUUGCCGCCAGUACAAGUUUUGUGACAGGUACGUACACGUAG